AUGCCUCUUUCACCCGUGCACGCUGCCCCAGUCCACGGUGGUAUCGUCGUGGAGGCGAGAGGGUACGGCCAGGAAGUGUUGCCGCCUCGCUGGUCGUCUGACGGUCGGUAUGACAGGCCCAUCACUCCCCAAUCGCCAUUAUCUCCGCCACCAUCUCCCCCCUUACGAGGUGUCGCAGCUUAUGGAGUGAAGCGGCAGGAUCGCUACAUCUUUAGACCCCUCCUCGCGUCAACACCCGUACCACCCACGGCGCCAACAACUGCUUCGACCCCGACCACUCCCAUCUCUUCCUUGUCCUCAGAGCCUCGCCUGCCUCCCAGUGCUGGUUUUCCCACACAGGACUAUUUGAGGCUUGUGUCGAUUGCCAAGAACCACACGAGGCCCCCGCCAGCUCGCCCUCCUCCUUCAACUUUCCUUUACGAUGAAAUCCUCAUUAUCAGCGACCACCACAAGAUAGACGGUCUCCCUCCCAGGCCCGGCUACUUGGCAUUCUCUUACAAAGUGUAUACCGGCACCUCUAGCGUUCGGAAGGCGGCCGCAGCAUUUCAGAGGAGCCAGUCUACCAUCUCAAAGUACUUGCACGAGGUCGUCACCGCCCUUACUAGCACGUCUUUCCACGAUCGAUGGAUCGUGCAGCCGACCUCUGACACCCUCCUCUGA